GGUGUCUCUCACCAGGCGCCCACACUCUCCCCAGAGACCAAGAGCUGCACAGCUUGUAUAAAUCUCCUCUCAAUCUAUCAUGCUCUCCAUGCUGCCUAGACCGAUGACUGCAACCCUUGUCCUCCUCUUCCUCUUCCUCCUCCUCAUCCUCUCUGAACUGUCAUGAUCACUUUCAUUACUACGUCUAAGAGAGAAUUUCAUCAGCAUGAGGCAUACCUAAUUAUGUUUUUAUUACCGUAAUCAGAUAAAAAGAGCUGAAAAUGGCAAGGUCAUACGGAGGACUUUAGAAUGACCCUGUCUCAAAUCUAAUGUGAUGUUUUUAAAUGGACAAACUAAGUGAUAGCAUGCUAGCAGGGUCGUCCCAGCAGAUUUGACUUAAAGCUUCACAGGAAUAUCAGCGACAUUGGCCGAUACAGACAUAAAGUAUUUUCUUCCUAGAAUCUGGAACAUGAUCACAGAUAUUCUUCUAAUCUCCAAGAGCGUGCUGUCACUUCAUUAGAGCUUUUGUAGAGAGUCAAGAGUUUACACGUGCUAACCUGAUUUACCUUUUGAUUAACAUAAAAAAUUACUUCCAUUUCCUCAAUUUGUUUGUAUUUAAAUGUAAGUUGUCAUAAUUUAUACUUUUGUUAUGUUUUUUUCCUUCCUCAUUUAUCCUUUGCUGACUCUAAUUUGAUUUAAUCUUUUAUUUUCUUGCUUCUCCAUCCAACAUCUCUAUUUUGGGCUGAUCUUUGGACAUGCUUCCCCUCUAACGACCACCAGCAGGCUUUGUGAAAUCUCCUCUGUCUGAGACUAAGCUCACAGGAGACACAUUUGAGAUGUACUGUGAUGUAGUAGGUAACCCCACCCCAGAAAUCCAGUGGUGGUACUCUGAGAUCAACCGAGCCGACUCUUUCAGGCAGCUAUGGGACGGCGCCCGUAAGCGGCGGGUGUCCAUCAGCACAGCGUACGGCGUCAACUCGGUGAGCAUGUUGGGGGUGACGCGUCUCACCCUGGAUGACGCGGGGACAUAUGAGUGCAGAGCCAGCAAUGACCCGAGACGGAACAACCUCCAUCAGAAUCCAGCCAUCUCCUGGAUCCGAGCUCAGGCUACUGUUAUGGUGCUUCAGAGUGAGUGGUCGGUGUAAAAUGUCCCACCCCCAGUUUCUGUGUGACUCCGCCUCCUUCCUACCGCCCCAGAGGACCACUAGCAUCCUUCAUAGAUUUCGUCCACCUCUACAGGCAUAGGUGCUGAAAAGAAACACCAUUUAUCCCAGUGAAUCCCAAAUUCAGUCCUUCAUACUGUAGAGCCGAGCUUCCCUUUAGUUUCCUCUGUUCAUUUUCUCAUAGUUAACAGUUUUCUUUACAUGUAACAAAAUCCUUCCCUAUAUGCACAUUUCUUUAUUUGUAAUAUCCAUGUUUUAUUUUUCAUUUGUUGAACUUUGGAGUCAAAGUACAUUAAAGUAGGGAUGCACCGAUACGAUACUGGUAUCGGUGCCGAUACCAAUACCAAUACCGAUAUCGGUAAAAGUUAACCGAUACCUGGAACCGAUACCAAUGCAGUUGCUUGAAAAUGGCUUCACUGUAACUUGUCCUUUCUGUUCACCUAAUAUUUUAGUUUUGUGAUGACUUCCAUUCAUAUAUUUUACUUUUUAUCUACCUCACAGUCUUUUCCUGUUGAAAGCAGAGAAGAAAAUAAAAUCUGUAUUCCAAAUCAUUGCAUUUUUUUGUGUGGUGGAAGUAUCGGUAUUAGUAAUCGGUAUCGGCGAGUACUCAGAUCCAAGUAUUGGUAUCGUAUCGGUUUGGAUAAAAGUGGUAUCGUUGCAUCCCUACAUUAAGGUAAUUAAUCAAAUUAUCAACACACAAAUACAUGGAAAAGUAAUGUUGAUUCUCAAAAUAGUGUUUGAAUAAGUAAUCAGAUGAAGACAGCCUGACAAACUGGGUAUAGAUUUCCUCUGAUGUGAUGCUCUGAAUACAAAAGCAACUUGAAUAACUGGAGUCAAACAACAAGCUGGUGAAGGUUUCAGUCUUAGCAGGUUCAAGCAACGAUAGCUGGGCUUUUCUGUAGCUUCUCUGAAAGGUUCAGUCUAAAACGCAAAUAGUUUUUAUUUUCAAGCUUCUAUUUUAACCAUAAUGUUCAACAUGAAUAGUUAAAUCUAUUUGAUGAUGUUAUAGUUCCAGAGAGCUUCCUCAUAGUCACUGAAAUUAUUUAGGCUGCAUUUCACAUUUGAUCAAGAGUGUAAAACUGUGGUGUCCUAUGUCGUUUAGAUCUUCCCAAACAGCCCUAGCCCUAGUCAGCAUUACUCCUACUGAGCCGUUUCUCUG